GACGGGGCCUCGCAUGCGAAGCACCCAAGUCCAUGCGAUAACUUUCAAACGCGCAAUAAAAGCGGGAGCCGCAGCGUACGCCAUCCAUCUUCGCGAGGUGACGUCGCCAACAAUUGCCGAAGAUAUCGCAAAGCUGUGCGAUGCCGUUCUUCCGGAUUUAGCGGACCUAAUUCGGAAGUACCCCGAGAUUUUCCCGAACGACCUACCCGCUGGAUUGCCGCCGAGCCGACCAGAAGACCAUCGCAUCGAGCAGGAACCAGGUGCCCAACCAACAGUACAGCAACAAUUUCGGCUCAGCCAACCGGAACUGGAAGAACUGCAGCAGCAAUUGGAUUAUCUUCUCACGAAGGGGUUUAUCCGGCCCAGCACGUCCCCAUACGCCGCCCCAAUCCUGUUCACCCCGAAAAAAGAUGGAGGAUUCCGCAUGUGCAUCGACUACCGCGCCCUCAACCGGAUCACAAUCAAGUCGCGUUACCCAAUCCCGCGAGCUGACGAUCUACUCGACCAACUUCGCGGAGCCAAGUUCUUCUUGAAAAUCGAUUUGCAAGGAGGUUACCAUCAAAUUCGCGUCGCCGCCGAAGAUUGUCACAAAACUGCCUUCCAAACCCGCUACGGCAGUUACGAAUACCUGGUGAUGCCCUUUGGCCUCACGAACGCGCCCUCGACAUUCCAGAUGACCAUGAACGGCGUUUUCAGGGAACUCUUGGAUAAAUGCGUAAUUAUCUACCUCGACGACAUCCUAAUCUACAGCCGCAGCAGGGAGCAACACUUAAAGGAUCUUGAUGCAGUCUUCACGCUGACGCACAAGAAUCGCCUCAUCACAAAAGGGUCUAAGUGCAACAUUCUUAAGCAGGAGUUGGAGUUUUUGGGACACGUCGUAUCUACCGAAGGAGUGAAAAUCGACCCCAAGAAAAUCAAGACAAUCUAUGAAUGGAAGCCGCCGACCGACCUCAAGGAAUUGCAGAGUUUUCUCGGUUUCGUCAACUACGUCCGCCGCUUUAUACCCAAUAUGGCUGGGUUAUCUGCCCCGCUAACCGACCGAUUGAAGGAUCACGAUUGUUUUUGGUGGGGAGAGAAGCAGCAAGCUGCAUUUGACCAACUGAAGGUCGCCCUCACGUCGCCGCCCGUUCUUCGCAUCUCCGAUCCUGACCGUCCAUACGAAGUCAUCACCGAUGCCAACGACAUCGCCAUUGGUGCAAUUCUCCUACAGGAUUUCGGCGACGGGUUACAGCCAGUCGCCUACGAAUCACGGAAGCUGCAGGGCGCAGAGAAAAAUUAUAUAGUCCACGACAAGGAAAUGUUGGCGAUGGUCCACGCGUUCAAGACCUGGCGGUGCUAUUUGACAGGCGCUGACGUCGCGGUGCGAACUGACCACAAAUCCUUACAGUACCUGCGAGCCCAACCGAACCUCAACCCGCGACAGAUCCGAUGGCUUGAUUUCCUCGAGUCGAAUUUCCAUUACACCAUCACCUACAAACGGGGCGCCAACAAUAUCGCCGAUGCCUUGACCCGACCUACUGCCCAUACCGCCGCCAUACUAAUCGCCCAGACCAACCCCUUACUUGCCGGACUAUUUAACCACGGCUACAAGAUCGACCCUUUCUUCCGCUCCGCUAUUCAUCAACAGCACACUACCGCCAUGGGACACUAUUUUAAUAAGCGCGAUACUUCCCGCAUUUGGGUACGCGGCUACGAUUUACUUCGUACCCUUUUAAUACAGGAAUCUCACGACAACCCUACUUCCAGGCAUUUCGGAGUCGACAAAACUACGAAGACGUUGCAGCGCAACUACUAUUGGCCGAACAUGGCUGACGACGUGCGUGAGUACGUGUCCUCCUCCACCGCCUGCCAGAUCAUGAAAUCUUCUCAUCAGCGAGCAGCCGGACUAUUGCAGCCGUUGGAUCCGCCCGAGCGACCAUGGCAACACAUUACGAUGGACUACAUGACAGGACUGCCAGCCGGUCCCAGCGGAAACGACGCCAUCCUCGUGGUCGUCGAUCGACUCACAAAAAUGGCGCACUUCAUUGCUUGCCAACAGACAAUCACAGCCGAGCAAACUACUCAAUUGUUCAUCGCCAACAUCAUUCGCCUGCACAGACUGCCUACCGCAAUUAUUUCUGACCGAGACCCAAAAUUCACAUCGGAUUUCUGGCGCCACCUGUGGGACCAGUUCGGCACCAAACUACAGUUUUCCUCUGCCUACCACCCACAGACCGACGGGCAGACCGAACGAGUCAACCAAACUAUGGAACAGCUUAUUCGGACUACCUGUACUGACCCACAGACAUGGGAGAAAUCCCUUCCGCUGCUGGAAUUCGCGUAUAACAACGCGCCCUCCGCGACAACUCCGCCCCAGAUUCUGCGGACCCUUUCAAGUGACGAAUAUGGUGACACCUGCCACUGCUCACAUGUGACUCCCAGCUGAUUGGCGUCACCACCCGGCGUUCCA